AUGGAGGCAAGCGGCUGUCAGACCUUGACCUCACUGACCUGGUCGCGUAUUCUUCGGAGCCGAUUUCUCUGUUGUCCGUCAGCACCCAAAGUCCUCAACAAUCGCUCUCCCACCCUCGGCCAAAGAGGACAUCCGUCCACCCGUGGCCAGUCGGAAAUGCCGAUCAGACAACCCAAACGUGUAGUUAGAAUCAGUCUCAUUUGGCACAAAGUUGUGCGGCCAGAACUGAUGAACCCAAUCGACAUUGACCUCAAACCUUUUCGCGCCAACGACCGUGGACAGCCGCUGUAUGUCCACAAUUUGCACAAACCUGUCCGCACCGACAGCUACUUGAUCUGCUUUCAUUACAACGUUGUUUCGACUAUUCGAAUCUCAUCUCAAUCCUGCACAUCUGACAACAGUGCAUCCUACUGCCCCUAG